AUGGGUCGCCUUAUCAAGAACCAUUGGGCUCGUCUCAUCGUCAUGACGGCAGCAGCCUACCAAGUUGCUGCCGCCAUCGAGGGCUUCUUUUGGCCCAAAAUCUUCUGGGACUUCCUCACGACGACAUUAGACUCGGCAGUGAAGCCAGUUCCUGCGCUACAGGUCAUAAAUCUGGUGUUGGGGAUUUUCAUGUUCCUACUAGAGUGGCCUCUUCCUUGGAUCGCGGGCUCCGCCAUCCAUCGCAGCCUCGAAUUCCGCCUCGUCUUACUUCCCCUUACUACCCUGGCGGCUUCUCUCUUAUAUCAGGCCACCAACCCGGCAAUCUACUACAUCGUUGCCUUGGUCAUUUAUUUCUGGGCCUAUAGCGAAGGAGAGCUCAUCUGCGCUAAGCCCUGGACACUCCCUCAACGG